AACCAACCACUACCAUUGUAUUGUGGUGAAAACCUGAUCUCCAAACAGCGUUUGUAUGGAUGACUAUAUCUCCCGUAUUAUGGUACGGACAGGCGUUUCGUUUUGAAAGGUACUGUUCACUAGAUAGACAGAAAGCGUUGCUAUUGACUGAGCAACAGUUAAUAACAAAUCACGGCCUCUAAGUAACUUGAUAAGGACGGGUUUCCCACAAAAAAGGAAUCGUUUAAGUGAAUUCCUGACCGACAAGAGGCUAUUCCGCACCAACGCCCGAAGCGAUAGGAUGCUGCGUGUGCUGUGAGUGACUGGGUGAUAUAGGGUGGAGGCGUGGAGCACCAUGAGUCUGUAGGCAAAGCACCAAACCAGAGUUUCAGGGCUCCAUGGCAUAAGGCCGAGGUCCGGCCCCGCGCAUAGCGACCCCUACGUCCCCCUCCGCUUCUCCCCCACCCCCCUCCCCCCCGCUCCCUGGUGAUUAGCCACGAGCUAGCUACCGCUGAGGCCGCUGUCGGACCGACACCAGGAGGAGGCCAGCGAGGGCCCCCCCAGGAGCCAUGCCUGCCCUGUCCACCUCGUCAGGCCCGGAGCCAGGUCUGUAUGAGCUGCUGGCAGCACUGCCCUCCCAGCUCAACCCCUAUGUCAGCAGGCCGGAAGACAACACCUUUCUCCUGGAGAUGUUUGGGGAGAAGAGUCUGCACUCUCUGGUCAAGAUCCAUGAGUGUCUCCAGCAGUACCGGGAGCAUAGGCCCACGCCCGCCCAAGACAGAGCUGGGGCUAUGGCCCGCGACUUGUCGGAGGAUCUGCAGGGAAAAGCAGCCAAUGGCGAAAUACAAGAGCUGGUGAAACUUCUGUCCAGGCCUCAUGUCCAGGGCCUGCUGUCGGUCCACGACAUGGUGGCACAGAAGAACUAUGAGCCGGAGCUGCCGCCGCUGCCCGACGACAUCGACGACGACGAGGACUCGGUGAAGAUCAUCCGGCUGGUGAAGAACAAGGAGCCGCUGGGAGCGACCAUCAAGCGGGACGACGAGACGGGGGCCAUCCUGGUGGCGAGGAUCAUGAGGGGCGGGGCAGCGGACCGCAGCGGGCUGAUUCACGUGGGCGAUGAGCUGAAAGAAGUGAACGGGAUCCCUGUGGACGACAAGAAGCCAGAGGAAAUCAUCCGUAUUCUGGCUCAGUCCCAGGGGGCCAUCACCUUCAAGGUCAUUCCUGCCGCCAAGGAGGACGUGCCCAGCAGGGAGCCCAAGAUGUUCGUGAGGGCCCUGUUUGACUACGACCCCCGGGAGGACAAGGCCAUCCCUUGUAAGGAGGCGGGGCUGGCCUUCAAGAAGGGCUGCAUCCUGCAGAUCAUGAGCCAGGACGACGCCACCUGGUGGCAGGCCCGCUACGAGGGGGACACCAACCCCCGGGCCGGCCUGGUGCCCUCCAAGCAGUUCCAGGAGAGGAGAUUUGCAUUGCAACGGCCAGCCACACCAGUGCCGCCGCAAAAGACCCCAACUCGACGAAUGUCCGGAUUCAGGAGAAGCUUCCGCCUCAGCCGCAGGAACAAGAAGACCAACAAGUCUAUGUACGUGUGCCAGAAGAGCGAGCUGUACGACAUGGCCGACGUGCCCACCUACGAGGAGGUCGCCCCCUACUGUCGGCCCAGCGGAGCUAGACACAGGCUGGUGGUCUUCGUCGGUCCUUCGGGGGUCGGCCUGAACGAGCUGAAGAGGAAGUUGUUGAUCUCGGACCCGCAGCACUUCAGUGUGACCGUGCCACACACCAGCCGGGCCAAGAAGAACCAGGAGAGUGACGGAGUGGAGUACCACUUUGUCUCCAAACACCUCUUCGAGAAGGACAUCCAGAACAACAAGUUGGUUGAGUAUGGCGAGUACAAAGGCAACUACUAUGGCACCACUCUGGACACCGUGCGGGCCGUCCUCGCCAGGAACAAAGUGUGCCUAUUGGAUGUCCAGCCACAUACGUUGAAGCACCUGCGGACUGCAGAGUUCAAGCCCUUCGUGGUCUUCGUCAUGCCCCCGUCCGUGGAGAGACUGAGGGAGUCCCGGAGGAACGGGAAGGUCAUCUCCAACAAGGACGACCACGGCACCGCCAAGCCCUUCAUCGAGGAGGACUUUGAGGAGAUGGUGAGCGCUGCCCAGGUGAUGGAGAGCCAGUACAGCCACCUGUUUGAGCAGGUGAUCGUCAAUGACGACCUGACCACGGCCUUCGGGGAGCUUAGGCAGGCCCUGAGGAAGAUAGAGACCGAGAAGCACUGGCUCCCAGUCAGCUGGACUCACUCCUGAAGGGUCUGGCCGCCGGUGGACCUUUGGCGGAGAGAAAUGGAAGGGCUUUCACACAAGUUUGCAGGGUUUUGAUUGGCAGAUAUCAGAUGCCACCAGGUUAAUACAGGUGGGCAAGCAUAGGUCCUGGAUCGGACCCUGGAUCUCCGAGGGUGACUAUCAAUAACAAUAGAGUGAGGUCAGGCGUGGUCGGCAGAGGGACGUGGGACUGAAAGCCUGAGUGGAUCACACAUUUGUUGUUGUUGAUCUGAUACUGAUCUGACUGACUUACGUCUGUCUUCAGUCGGUUGAAUGUUCUUCUCCGUCCUGGCCGGGAGUCUCCUGAACACUGCACUGCACCUAUUAUCAGCAGUCUUUUUAGUCCGAUAGAUUGCCAAUCAAGCACGAUCUCGUUUAAUUAGUCUCUUGGUUUUAAUUUUUUAGAUGCUUUUCUUUAUUUUUCUGAGUGGAGGGUUUGAACGCCCAUGUCGGUGAAGACCUCUGCCACUGUGACGAAAAUGAAGAAAUCAAAGAAAAACUGCCUUCUUACAAAAAAAAGAAAAAUCUGUCUCUGUGUGCUUUUACAAUGAGUUCAUGAACUGUUGAACCCAUGUCAAAAGAAACAUGGCCAGACAAGGGCAGUAGAUUUUUUUUAAGGAUCAAAAUAAUAUAUAAAUAUUUUAAUUAUUUUUUAGAUGUUUGCUUUACCGACCUUUUUUUAUAUGCAUAUUUUGACCAUGGUCUGUGAAAAUCUCCAACCUGUGACGGCCUAACAACGGUUUCAACCCUAAGCCAUCAUUGGGUGGUGGUGUAAAUGAAAUUCCCCCAGCCCUGCCUCUUCUCCCAAAAAAAGCACAAAGAGGAGUCAUUCUCUUGAGGUGUUUUAUAUUCCAUUAAGGAACAAUUUAUUACCGACGCCACCACCCUCCGCAGAAAGGUUUCCCACCAUAACAAGUCCACUACACAUAGCAGCACUAGCCCUCAGCACUUUGGCUACGCUGGAUUGGAAGAAAAUGUUCAGAGGCCUGAACUUUGAGGUUUACGACUUAGAAAUACCAGCGGAGAAACGCCAAGUAGCCACCUGUGAAUUCUAGUCGGUCAUAAUAGGGAGUUUAUGGGUGUUGUUUAUUUUUUUAUGCAUCGUCAGUUUCUUAUACAUGUUCAUAUGCGUAUCUCUCUGAACAUCUCUGAUUUGCAUAUUUUGUUUUUGCGGGCUACUGAUGUUGAGAAGUUUGUAUAGAUAGGAUAACGGGGUAAUUGCUUUCGGAGACACUGCUUGCGUAGUUGUUCCCGCUUUCGAAGCACUCUCUGUAUACAUGUUCAACCCACGGUAGUCCUUCUUUUGAAGUGUAUAAUAUGAACUGCUUAUAUUUCCUUAUUUCACAGAAGAAAAAGAUUUUCUACACAUAAGAAAAAAACGUUAGGCCUUCUUUUUAUCUAAGUUUCACAAUGCACAUAUUUUCAACAGCUUCAAUGACUGUUGGUGGUGUUUAUUUCUCAGGUCCCAAACUUUUUUUGUCCACGCUUUAGUCUGUUUCUGUUGAAUUCACUUAUUUUUGCUAAAUUGUCUUAAUUUAUCUAAAUUCCGCAAAAAGUACAAGGGAAAUCUAGCACAAGAUAUUUUUUGGCUAUUUCUUUUUGCGAUGCCACUAAAUAAGUUCACAUUAUAUUAUAGUGGUUUAUAUCAUCAUUUGAUGCACAUCCGUCUUAUCUAGCAAUAUCAGAGGUUUACAAUUUGUGUAUUUUUUCUCUUCCUUCUGUACUAUAUUAAAUAUUGUAUAUGAGGCAUA